AUGGCAAAUGAGUACGAGCGCUUCAUGACCGUCGACUGGGUCGUCGACGGUCGGCGCGAGCGUGUCAAAGUGCAGGAAAAUGAGGCCAAGAUGCGGCGUAUCGCCGAGCACAUGCACGAGCAUAGCUCCGUCGCAUGGCAGGCAUUGACGGCGUUUGUCCAGCGCUUGCCGUGCAGUCAGAGUAUCUUGGCCGUACUGCGUAUGAUGAGUUCAUGGUGCAAUGCGCUGUUUGGACGCAUGCGGACGCCGCUUCUUACUACUGCAGAGAGUGCCGUCGUCGUGCUUGUUGGCGGGCUUAUUGGCAUCAACAUGGCACUCAUCACCGUCGUCGCGGAAUGGGCCUCCGACCUCAAGCAUGGCUACUGCUCAGCGGGCUGGUGGCUCAACAAAAAGUUUUGCUGCUGGGAGCAAAUGGAUCCAGGUGGCCCAGGUGGCGGUGGCCACAAGGGCCUUCAGGCCGUGGCGGCCGCAGCGGCGGCCGCUGCCGCCAAUGUAACAACAACAACAACAGCACUCGUGUCCCGAAACAAUAGCACCGAUCCCGUCGUACAGGAUACUUGCCCCGAAUGGAUCGAGUGGGCAGAGUGGACGCUGCCUUCAUGGUGUUCAUACAUCUUGAUCUCGGCCCUGCUGGCUUGUGCGAGCGCCGUGCUUGUGCGAAGCUAUGCGCCGUACGCCGCUGGCAGCGGCAUCAGCGAAAUCAAAUGUGUGCUUUCUGGCUUUACAAUUCGCGGCUUCCUUAGUGCUCGGACACUAGCCAUCAAAAGCUUGGGUCUGCCCCUAGCCAUUGCUUCCGGUCUCAGCGUCGGUAAGGAAGGACCCGCCGUGCAUGUCGCCUGCUGUAUCGGGAAUACGAUCGCUCAUGCGCUGCGAUGGCUCGUGCCUAGUCAUGCGAAGCUGCGUGAGCUGCUCACGGCAUCGAGUGCAGCCGGCGUCGCCGUGGCGUUCGGAUCACCGGUAGGCGGCGUGCUCUUCGCACUCGAAGAAAUGACUUCGCACUUUCCGCCUCAUACCAUGUGGCGCACAUUUCUUUGUGCGUUGGCCAGCACCGUCGUACUUUCGUUCAUGAACCCGUACCGCACCGGCAAAUUAGUGCUCUUCCAGGUGGAAUACAAUGAUACUUGGCACUAUUUUGAAAUUGUGAGUUUUGUGCUUCUCGGUGUGUUUGGUGGCCUCUACGGCGAAUAUGUCGUGCGCUUCCAUCUACAGGUGCAGCGCUUCCGACGCAAGUACUUAUCGCACCUUGGCGUACAAGAGGCUAUUCUGCUCGCUGUCAUCACAGCCAUGAUCAGUUUUUUCAACCGAUUCAUGCGCAUCGAAAUGACCGAGAUGCUAGAGAUGCUCUUCCAGAAAUGCGAGGGCGCAAGUGACGAUGACGUACUUUGUCAGUCGCGCACGCAAUGGUCCAUGUUCACGUCCCUCUUAUUCGCGACGGUGCUCCGCUUUGUGCUUGUGAUCUUGUCGUACGGUUGCAAAGUGCCGGCCGGCAUCUUUAUUCCAUCUAUGGCUGUUGGCGCAACGUUUGGUCGCAUGGUUGGUAUUCUUGUCAAAGCUGUGCAAAUGGCAUUCCCGUCGCUCUCCAUUUUCUCAUCAUGUCCAGCAGACAGGCCAUGCAUUGUGCCUGGCACGUACGCAAUGCUCGGUGCCGCUGCUGGCCUUGCUGGCGUCACUCGUAUCACGGUCGCCGUCGUGGUCAUUAUGUUUGAACUGACAGGCGCCCUCACGUACAUUUUGCCCAUCAUGCUCGUCGUCAGUACAUCCAAACUCGUGGCCGACAUGUUUGGUACUGGCGGCAUCUCGGACCAAUCCAUCAAGUUCAAUGGCUACCCAUUUCUUAAUAUCGAUGACCACGUGUACGGCGUGACGGUUGAAGAAUGCCUCAAAGGCAUCCCUGACGUGCUGUAUGCUAGCGGCAUGCCGCUGCAUCAAGUUGAGGCAUACCUCGGUCGCUGCACGUACCGUGGCUUCCCUGUCGUCCGCAGCUCCGACGACUAUGCCCUCAAAGGCUACAUGGAGCGCCAGCACCUACAGCAAGCAAUUGACCGUGCACAUGCAUCGCGAACACUGCACCCUGAUACCCUGUGCCUCUUUGAGCCACAGAGCACCGCAGUAUAUGCACUGGCUACGUCACAGGAAGCACCGCCUAGGCAUGCUCCUGGACCUGUCGAAAGCAUGUCGGAAGAGGCCAUGGAGCUCCGUGAGGAGCCCUUGCAACUGGGCGAAUGGGUCGAUCCGGCGCCACUCAUUGUACAGCCACAAAUGGACCUUGAGGUCGUGGCGGAUAUGUUUAAGCGGCUAGGCCCGCGUGUCGUGCUCGCAUGUCGCAGUGGUCAGCUGGUGGGCAUUGUUACGAUCAAGGAUCUGCUUCGGCACAUGGCUCUCCAUGAGCAAUCUUAUGUCUCACUCGACGCAGCAUCGGGUGCUGAAUUCUCCGUGGGACAAGGCGAGCUCAGUGACCUGCUCGAGGCAGUAUGGUUGUGGGUGUGUGGUUUGUGCAGUCGCACGCCUUGGCUAAGACGCUUCGUCGCAGCAGAGAGCAUCUCGACCGAGUCUGUACCCCUCUCCGAGGUAUCUACAACCCUGUACGAAAACGAAUCAUAG